UCAGAAUCAACAAUGAUUAAGCAACAGUUCCUAUUAUGGAGCACUGACCGAGUAGUAUGCGGCAUAUGCCUUCAAUCACGAUGAGAAUACAGGUUACAACGCUGAACAAGACCAUCAUCUAAGGAAGACACCACGAAGUUGGAGAUGGCUGCAGCCUUGUCUUCGUUGGCUUUGCUGCUUGCAUUUCUUUUUCCCGUUUGCUGUCAGCAGCCAAUAAACUGCAGAUGGGGGUCUUUUGGAGAUUGGUCAGAGUGUGAUGGCUGCACCAAAACGAAGGUGCGCACUCGACACGUGGGUGUGUACGCCCAGUUUUGGGGUGUGCCAUGUUCAGGAGAAAGCACAGAAUCUCAUCCUUGUGUCCCACAAAAGGAGUGUCCUCUAGAAACAGGGUGUGGAGGAAGGUUCCGAUGCACAUCCGGUCAAUGCAUUAGCCAGUCUCUGGUGUGCAAUGGAGACCAGGAUUGUGAAGAUGGUCUAGAUGAGAGAGGCUGUAAUGAAGAUGACAGUCAGUUUAUAUGCGGCCUUGAUAAAACACCGCCCAACUCUGAUUUGACUGGCAGAGGGUAUGACGUGCUUACAGGGAAGCUGAGAGCAGGUGUGAUCAAUACUCUGAGUUUUGGAGGGCAGUGCAGGACGGUGUUCAGUGGUGACCAUAAAAUUUAUUAUCGACUUCCACAGAACAUUCUCAGGUACAACUUUGAGGUGAAAGUAGACAAUGAGGAGAGUGACGAAUCCUACGAAAGUUCUUGGUCCUACAUGCAACACAUCCAGGCCAACGCUUUAGUGGGACAUGACCGUCGCACCUUUCACAAAGAGCUCACAGAAACAAAGAAUCAGAGACUUAUAAUACUAAAGAAUAAAGUGGAGUUGGCCCAGUUCCAAAACUCAGCCCCUCAGUAUCUGACCCUGGCUGAAGAAUUCUGGAAGGCUUUAAUCGCACUUCCAUUCACAUACAACUAUGCUGCCUAUCGUCGACUGCUGCAGACGUACGGCACACAUUAUCUCUCUGAAGGCUCUCUUGGAGGCGAAUACCAAGGCUUGUUGGAGUUAGACCGCCAGACUUUUGUAUCAUCUAGCGCAACACAGAUAGACUACAAGCACUGCUGGAGAAAAGUUAAACGACGGCUGUUCUGGAAAAAAGUCAAAAUCAUCUGUGAAAAAUUCUCCAACUCUAUAUCAUUUGGUGAAGAAAGAGGUGUGACCAAGAUGCCCAUUAAGGUGAAGACGUUUGGAGGAGAUCCAUCAUUUUCAGAUGUCUUGAAAGUUCUAGAUCUUGAAAAUCCAGCAGUAAAUGGAGAGGCCUAUGACAACUGGGCCUCCUCUGUUAAAGACUUUCCUGACGUCAUUGACCAGAAGCUGCGCCCCGUGUAUGAGCUUAUAAAGGAGGUGCAGUGUGCAGGACUAAAGAGACUUCACCUGAAAAGAGCCAUUGAAGAAUACUUGGCAGAGGAGCAUCCAUGUCACUGCCAACCCUGCCAGAACAAUGGCCAAGCGCUUCUAACUGGUUCGGAGUGUCGGUGCACCUGCCGCCCUGGAACCUCAGGACGAGCAUGCGAGCAUGGAGCUGUGAUUGGAGAGCAACCAGGGGUGAUCCACGGGGGCUGGAGUUGCUGGUCAUCCUGGAAUUCUUGUUCUGGGGGUCAAAGGUCAAGGUCACGCAGUUGCAAUAACCCCAGCGCCAGCAGAGGUGGCCAGCACUGCUCUGGGGUGCCUAUAGAGCAAUUACCCUGUGAGGACGCAGACAUACAGUAUUUACAGAUGAUGGAGCCCCAAUGUUUCAGUCUGUCUGUGACGCCACCAAAGACUUGUGGACCGCCUCCAAACCUCAGAAAUGGAUUCAUCCAGGAUCCUAGUGAUUUUUAUUUGGCUGGAAACACAGUGCAGUACUCUUGCAUAGAAGGUUAUUACCUCAGUGGAAACCCUUUGGCUGUAUGUACUGAAAGUCAGACCUGGAAGAUUGGAGCAGUGGUUUGUAAAAGUUCUACAUGUAACAUUCCUCAUCUCAACAGUGAUGUUAUGGCCACGCCCACUAAAGUGGACUAUCAGAUCGGAGACAGGAUGUCCUUGUCAUGUCCCGAGGGAUUGGUGCUGACUGGUGACGUGUCAGACGUCAUUUGCAGUCCCAGUCUGCAAUGGUCUCCUUCUCCCUCUGCAGCUCACUGUAGUAAAGGCCCCACAGCUCCUACUCCUCAUGUUGGCCUGAAGUGUAAACUGUGGGAGAAUGUUGGAAAAACUGAGUGUGUGUGUAAAAUGCCAGUUCAGUGCCCGACUUCUCUGGAGUUAUGUGCCAGAGUAAGCUCGAGCCAGCCUCGGGUGCUUGGCGUUUGCCAGCUUGGAGCUCUGCGAUGUUUGGGCCGCAGCUUUACGCUGGUCAAUGAUACCGAGUGUGAAUGGUCAAAAGAGACUGCCAGUGGAACAAAAUGUCAGGCUGGAAGUUGUCAAUGUCAGAAUGCAUCAGAGUGCCCAGAAGACUCGCCCCCCCUGUGUGUGACCUUAGGUGUUGGCAGUGUUGCAAUGACGAUGACCGAAUGUCAAGUGGGGUCCAGGAGGUGUGCUGGGGAGCAGCUCACUGUGAUUGACAUUGACGCAUGUCCCCAAUAAAGAUACUUAAUUUCCCUCA